CAGAGCGGCCGUGAGGCAGGUUCCAGCCGCCCCUUCCUGCUGCCGCCUCAGCUCGUCCCCGGGCACAGGGCAGCCAGGCCGGAGCAGCUGCGGGACCAGGAACCUGGGGACUGCGCCAUGUGGACCUGCUGGUGGCUCUGGCCCCUGGUGGCCGUCUGCACCGCUGACCAGUUUCUGGACCAGGCAAAGAGAAUUAUGCAGACCACACCUGUCAUUGACGGGCACAACGACCUGCCGUGGCAGCUGCUGCUCAGGUUCAACAAUGAGCUUCGGCAGAAGAACGCCAACCUGAACACCCUGACGGGCACACACACCAACAUCCCCAAGCUGAGGGCUGGUUUUGUGGGGGGCCAGUUCUGGUCUGCGUACACGCCCUGCGACACCCAGAACAAAGACGCUGUGAAGAGGACGCUGGAGCAGAUUGACGUCAUCCACCGCAUGUGCCAGAUGUACCCCGAGACCUUCCAGUGUGUCACCACCAGCCAAGGCAUCCGAGAGGCCUUCCGGGCGGGGAAGGUGGCCAGUCUGAUCGGGGUGGAGGGCGGCCACUCCAUCGACAGCAGCCUGGGCGUCCUGCGGGCACUCUACCAGCUGGGCAUGCGGUACCUGACCCUCACGCACAGCUGCAACACGCCCUGGGCGGACAACUGGCUGGUGGACACCGGGGACCACGAUGCCCAGCACAGCGGCCUGUCGGACGACUUCGGGAAGAGCGUGGUGAGGGAGAUGAACCGGCUGGGCGUCAUCAUCGACCUGGCCCACGUGUCUGUGGCCACCAUGAAGGCCGCGCUCAACCAGUCCCAGGCCCCCGUCAUCUUCAGCCACUCCUCCGCCUUCGCGCUGUGCAAGCACUGGCGAAACGUGCCGGACGACGUGCUCCAGCUGGUGAAGCGGACGGGCAGCCUGGUGAUGGUGAACUUCUACAAUGACUACGUCGCCUGCAAAAGGGAGGCCAACCUGUCUCAAGUGGCAGACCACCUGGACCACAUCAAGAAGGUGGCGGGAGCCGGAGCCGUGGGCUUUGGUGGGGACUUCGAC